UCGGAGUGAAUCUGUCCUCGAAUAUAUCCUUGUUAAAUACACCUAAAGGAGAUUUUACAAAGCCGCAGUUUCGCAUAACAUUGUUCAAUCGCUCUAAUACUCCUAUCCGUUCUCCUAAUUCGCUUCUGGGAAUGUGUUUCUGGCGUGCCUGGUAACCGACGUAAAAGUGGAAAUUUGUGUGGAAACGGGGAACGUUUAUACCCCUUCCCACAAACCCCAGCGCAUUGACAGGUUAGCAUACCAAAUCAUACCAGUUAUCGAUUGUGUUUUACAGAAUCACUCGUAAAAGAAGGAUGUAAAAAACAUGUUCCAUGUCGGAAAUGUAAUACAAUAUCCACACAUCAUCAUAGAUUGUGUAAUGUUCUAAUUCAUUCUUCCCGCAUUAGGAAUUAUAGUUCCGGAGGACACUACUUUGGACUGGAAAGACCAGGCCCAACAUGUCUGAGCCCUUAUUUUCAACUGUUUCAUAAGUGUCUCCUGUUUCAUUCGCAGAAGUUUUAUCAGUUGUGGAGAUCGUCUUCCCCAAGUUUGGAGUUCUUUGCAUAUGAAUCCAUUGGUUGGUUUUACUUGCAGCAGUUUCAGCUGUUUGAAGCUUGAAAUUGAUAGGCUAUAACCUGACAUCGAUGCUGGAUGUAUCGAACCAUUCCUGAUAAAGGAGUUGGUAAAUUGCAGGUCUACAAUACAAUUGACGUUAGUGUUGAAUUCACUGUUCCCUUGAAGAAAGAAACGGUCUGAACAAAUGAGAUUUUUCUGCUCAUUUCGACAAUCCGAUUCCACUUUCCUGAAACACACUUCCUACACCGUUAGAGCUUAUACAUGGAAACCGCAUUUGGUGGAGCCGAUUCGGCAAAUUGGGCAGGAUCAUUUCGCACCAUCUGCCAUACUUCUAAAUAGUCCCUGCUCAUCCCCUGUAGUUUCGUUUAAUGCUAGACUUUCACUGCGGGGCAUUAUAAAACGGAGCUUUUGCUGUGACCGAUUAAACGGUUGCACGGUGAAUUCACAGUUUGAUGCAUGGCCCAAUUUCGCUCUGUCAUGAUUUUGAAUCACUUUGUACAGAGGCAACUGCCUCGGCCUCUCUCUUAACAAACCCUGCCAAGUUAAUCGAUAGCGUGGAGACGUUCCUCUUCGAUUGUGAUGGUGUUAUAUGGAGAGGGGAUGUGCUGAUCGAUGGAGUGCCUGAGACAGUUGAGAUGCUUCGAUCUAAGGGCAAGCGGCUGAUAUUUGUGACUAACAACUCCACCAAGUCGAGAAAGCAAUAUGGGAAAAAGUUUGAGAUGCUGGGCCUUGAUGUCACUGAGGAAGAGAUCUUUUCAUCGUCGUUUGCUGCAGCAGCGUACUUGAUGUCGAUCAAUUUUCCUUCGCACAAGAAGGUAUACGUAGUUGGUGAAUCUGGAAUCCAGUUGGAACUCAAACAAGCUGGUAUAAACUACCUCGGAGGCCCCGAAGAUGGAGAUAAAAGAAUCGACCUCUCUCCUGGUCAGCUUAUGCAGCACGAUCCUGAUGUGGCAGCUGUGGUGGUAGGUUUUGAUCGUUACAUCAACUACUACAAGCUUCAGUAUGCUACUCUCUGCAUUCGUGAAAACCCUGGGUGCAUGUUCAUUGCCACGAAUUGCGACUCCGUCGCCCAUUUUACAGAAUGUCAAGAAUGGGCAGGGGGUGGGUGCAUGGUUGGUGCUAUCAAAGGCUCAACGCAGAGGGAGCCUCUUGUGGUCGGCAAGCCCUCGACAUUCAUGAUGGACCAUGUUACAUCGAAAUUCAACAUCAAGACAUCGCAGAUAUGUAUGGUGGGGGACCGUCUAGACACCGACAUCCUAUUUGGCCAAAAUGAGGGUUGCGCAACUCUCUUGGUUCUUUCAGGUGUGACCACGCUGGAGACGUUGCAGAGUGCUGAUAACAAAAUCCAGCCUCACUACUACACACCUACAAUCUCAGAGCUUCUGGCUGCUAAGGACUUGGCCAAUGGACUGCACUCCAGUCUCUUGUAGCGUGCCGCAAGACACCAGCUAAUCUUACCAAAAUUGCUAGAAAAUUUUAUGCAUCAUUUUGUGACGACUACACCAUAGGGAGCCGGAGCUUUUGUACCUCCUGGUACUACCUGUGGGUUCAGGCAAUCGAGACCAGGACUCAUGUGGGUUAUAUUAUUUUCAAGUCUCAUUCUUUCCACAUCGAAACUUUUAUUAAGUUCGAUGUGCAUAUAGAUGUUUCUACCAUUCUUCAGCUCGUCUCUCAAUUAACCAGUAGCUUAUGUAGCACAACGUUUUAAUUCAGCUUUUCGUGAGCUGAGAGGGGAUUCUCUUGCUUGACUCGUCGUUGAUGUUACUCAAAACUGCUCAAUGAUUACAACUGCUGAUGGUACUUCUGGAGAGCUUACAA